AUGCCAUCUCAAUGUGUCGAUGGAUAUCGCAAACCACCCAAAUAUCUCAAUCAGUGUACGAAAAAAGCAGCCAAGGACGGCGUGUAUCGCGGUGUUACUUCUGUUACUUCUCCACAGAAAGCCAGGCAUCAACAAGAUGAGAUCCUGAAUGCCACAAGUUAUGACAAUAAAAUCACUGAACAACCAGCCAACGACGAGGAACAUAUCCACAGCCACAGAAGAGACCCGUUUGAGGAAGUCUUUGAUGCAGUCAUUGAUCCAAACUUUUUCUAUACCGAAAGACCAAGUUUCAAAUUCGGAAAUCAAGGUUCUAGGGGAACAAUCGUUAAAGGAAACGACAAUUUCAUGACUUUCAUAUCAGAUGCUGAAUACGCGACGUGGUCAGAGAGAUCUUCCAGCGUAUCUGAAGAGAGUGAAAUCUGGACGUCAUACCAAGGUGUGGAGGACGGCUUCGGAGCCAAAUUAGCAAAGCUAAAUAUGUAUGCAAGAGACGAACGAUAUUCCGGAUUUUCUAUCAGCAGUGGCUGGUCAAGCACAUUCUUUCCUCAUGGAAUGGAAGAAGACACCCACACUUACUGA